UUAGCUGCGAUUACCCCUCUCCAAGAUGGCUCCCGUCACCUAUAGCUCCCGUGAGCGUUAGCCGAGGCGGAAUGUACGUGUAGCCUACAUGUCUGUGGGUCUGCAGCGAGGAAAGAGGCGUGCCGGCCGGUGGUUUCUGUACGUUUCCGUGUCACUUCCUGGUUCUUCGGCGAAACUUUUCACGGCUCGGACACGUCGGGGCAAGUGACUUUAUCCGGGCGAUAAGUGUUAAAUGUUUAAACGAAUAAUCUGAUCCCGACGACAUCAACUUCAGCUCACUCCCUCCGAGCUGAGAGAAAGUUUGGAGCCAUGGCUGACGGACGAGAUGAAGAGAAGAGAGAGGAAGACCGAGAGCUUCAGGGUGCCGUGGGUGGGGAAGAUGUCAUUGAUGAUCCCAUUCUGGAGCAGGGAGCCAUAGUCCUCAGAGGGUAUGUGAUUGAACGUAUAAACACUGAGGAGCCUGGGCGGCACGUGUCCUCUGAGGACCUGGGAGGACAGCUGAAUGAACAGCAGGAUCCACAGGUCAAAGAAGUGGUGGAACAGCUGCUCAAGAUUGCAGAUGAGUUGAACAGGAACGCUGAGCUCCAACAAUUGAUCAACCAGGUUCCAGGAAACUGUGCUCAGGAUAUCUUCAUGAAGGUGGCCAGAAACAUCUUUGCUGAUGGCAUCAACUGGGGUCGGGUGGUGGCCCUCUUCCACCUGGCCUACAGACUCAUCCACAAGGCACUGACAACCAACCAUCUAGAGAACAUCAGAACAAUCAUCAGCUGGGUUCUUCAAGUCAUCAGAGAGCAACUCUAUUCCUGGCUUGUGCAGCAGGGAGGCUGGGAGGGCGUGAUCCGUGGGAUUUCCCGUUGGAGGACAGUAGCCUUUGUAGCAUCAGUAGUUUUAGUGGCAACGAUUGUUUACUACAGGAAGACGCGCUGAGAGCUUCAUAUCUCACAACCAUGGCUGCAGUCCCAUCAUCUGUAUUUAUGCCAUUGGUUGGAGCCACUUUCUUAAACAUUUACAGCCACUCCUAUGCCUCCAUCGUCUACGGUAGUGGAGGUCAAGUACUGUUCUAAGAGGAGGAAAAACCACUCUUCUACGUCCAAAAAGUGCUUUUACUGUCAUCAGACUUUUCCAUCAUCUUUCACCAGCAACUUUGAACAUCAUUUCAUGGGACUCCAUCUUCAGCUGCAGCACCACCUUCAGCAGCCAGACUGGAAGGUUUCCUCUCUUUUGCAUUUGAUGAGGGUCUUCAUAAACAUGGGACGGAUGUAGCAGUAGAUUUUUUCAGACUAGAGGAACCAACCUCACCUGAACCAGGUCUCAGGAUCAUUUUGUUUCUUUAUGUGGUGCUAGGUGCUGGGUCAUAUGUGAAUUACCUAAGAGGACAUGAAAAUGUCUGAAAAAUGUCAGAUGAUGAAAAAUACACUGCAGCUUCUAGUGCAAAGCAAGAUUCAACAAAUUACAAAGUUGACCAAGUUGGCUUAAGAAAGUGUUUUACCAAGAUUCUGUUUAGAAUUUGCAGCUUAAUCUCUAAGAAAUGGGGUGUUUUCAAUCAUCACUGUAGCUUAGGGCAGAAGGCACAGUGCCAGCUGUAGCAAAAUUCCAGUGUGUCACUGUUGCAGAAAUCCUUUUUUUAAAGUGAACAGUUUGACACAUCACAGCACAGAGCCAAUACAAUCUACUCUGACCCUUACAUUAAUUACAUUAAUUCCUCUGAAUUGUACCCAAAAUCUGUGAGACAUCAAUUUUAUUACAAACAAAUCUGCUUCAGAGUUGUAGUUAGACUAGCCUUUAUGACCUCGUCUUGAUCUUUGCAUUUACAGAAGAAAAGAUAGAUAUUUGAUUGAUAUUUGCUCACGUUUAUUAGGGUGUUUAUGCAGAGACUGAGAAAGACUUUCACUUUUGAAGACACUGGAAAGUACCCCAACCUCACGUCUUUAUGGACAUUUUUUCACUUUAUGCUAUGAGUUUUUCUGGGCAGACUUCUGUCAGAAGUCAUUUUCAGUGCUAAGAGUGAGAUUUCAAGAUAUAAACACAUCAAAUGUGUCUGCUGUGUUCAACUUUAGCACUGUGUUAUUCUUCUCAUGCCAUUGAUAAACCAAAUCUAAUCAAUAUCAUCUUAAAUAUCCACCAGUGUUAAUCUCAUAUGGAGGGGGGGGCAAAAUUAGAUUCACUUGUAAUAACUAAAAUUAUGAUAAAACACUUAAGAGUACUUCAUGCAAAGGUCUCUUGAUAAGGAAACACCUCUGUGUAGGACUAUUUUAUAUAAACAAUGAAAACUUUUAAAUUUGGCAUUUGAUUUGUGGUUGGGAACCACUGCCUUCGAUAUCCGUGCAUGAGAGGUGUGUGCCAUGCAUGUGAGACUCACACAGGCAGUCUGGAAGCCCUGACUUUUUAACAUGCAAACCGACAUAAAAAUCAAGCUGUGCCGGGGACCAAGACGCGCCUCUCAUGCGCCUAGUCUGAAACGGGCUCAAGAAAAUGUGAGGUGGCAGAGACUAUUGACCCCCAAAACCUGAUCAGUUCUCCUUCAGGUCCAGGUGCGGGUCUGUGCCAGAUUUGAUUAAGAUCCCUUGACACACUCUUGAAAUACCAAGCUCACAAGAUUUGAACUCACAGUGACCUUUGACCCAUGUCCUCCAGAAUGUACAUAAUUUGAAAUAAAUCUCUUAAUGUUCUUGAGAGACCACGUUCACAAGCAAGGGAUGAAAAUGACACCAGUUCAUCUUGGAGUCAGAGUGGACAUUUGUGCAAAUUUGAUAAAAUGCCUGAUGGUGUUCUUGAACAGUCAUGUUCACAACAAUGACCUGAGCUGAUGCAUGUAAACAUGCAUGUAUAUUCUGCAGUCCUGGCUGUCGCUGGUCCUGAGGCAUACGUUUUUAAGUUUCAAUCAGGACACUGCUGAAUUAUUUGCAGUUGUAAACUCCAUCAGCAGCUGUAGCUUUUUAGUUUUUUUUUUUUUUUUCACUGAUCUUGAUCAUGGAGUAAUUUAUUACAUGCCACAAAUGUUUGAGCUGUCAGAGUCCUACAUGUGGAGGUUUGACUCACAAUCCCAAAGCAACAGCAGAAAACUUUUAGUGUUUGUCAGCAGGUUUAUGACCCACAACACAACAAACCAAAUAAUGAGAGGCUGGGGUGAAAAUAAGUGUAAGAAUUUUAUCCCGGUGACUGAAGAGAAUCAAACUAGUAGUUAAUUUGUCUGACAACUAAGUGGAGUUAAAGAUCCUGCUCUCUGUUUUAUUCCUCUGUUUGUCUUCUAAUGUUGAUGAACUAAAAGGGAUGGAAAACAUAACGUUUAAUAUAUUUUUAUAUGAUAUCAGAUGAGAUGUAGGAGACAGUAUUGUUUAAAACCAUAUAGUUUAUGGAAAAGAUGUGUAGCCAGCUAAAGGGUUAAAUUCAGAUCCCUUUUUAGUUGGCACCAGAAUUACAAGUUGGUUAAUUAGUUGAUAGUUAAAUUGGCCAACAGUCACUGUGAACAAAUGUUUUACCCAGUAAGCCAUUCUGGACAAAAAUGUCAACUGUGGAAAACAUUAAAGUGUAAGUAAACCCCCAAGCUCAGAGCUAACUCUGCCCACUUCAGACUUUUGAAAAGUGCACAAAAAAUGGGAGGGGGAGGGGAAAGGGACAGGUUUUCCAGAUGAGGCAGGAGUGACGGUGACGUCCCCUUGUCAAAAAGUAACACAGAGUCCCGCAGCAUUGCUGCCUCAAAGCGAUCUUGUGAGGUGGAGGAUUUUUCACCUCCAGAGUCCCCGGAAGCAGACUGUGGAGUGGUGAUAGACUGUGGUGGUCCUGAGCACUACCUGUUUGCUCCAGCACCAGUGUUACUAAAGCCGGAGCUUUCAGAGCUGAAGCAGUGCAGAGGAGGAUGGGAGUGGUCUCUGAAUGGUAAAGUCAAUUAGAGGCAGUAACGUUCGCCCUUUUAUAUAAAGUUUGUGAUGUAGAAACCUACGGAUGGUAGCCCCGCCUUUUCAGAAAAUGUUUUUCAAAGCAGAUGUCAGUUUGAGCUAAUUAAAAGCCAUAAAAUUCAGAUUUUUAUAAAUUUGGUGCAGAAGUCAGAAAUAACAGCAGCAUUGAUGUGUUUUAUCAAAGUUCAGUCAGAUAGCUCAGUGUACAGCAAAAAAAUGUUAGUGUUCACUACCUCUUUAAUUGAAACUAUAAUAAUAUAUUUGUCCCCAUUUUUUGUCUGAAUUCUUUUAAUCAACUUUAGCCCUGAUCAAAACUACCAAAUAUUUAAACAUUUGGUGAAAUAAACACUUUAAAUGUAAGUUUGACAAGAAGCCACUGUUUUUUGAUUUAAAAAAAAAAGAUAAAAAUGAGUAGUUGAUUUAAUCAACUUCAGCUACCAAACAGGUAAUUGUCCUCCGUUAAAUGCGAUGCCACUCAUUUUUCAGUGACCUUUUAUACACUGCGUUCCACAUUAUUAUGCAAAUGAUAUUUUUCUCUCAUUUUCCUAAAUAUUAAUGCAAAUGACAGUCAGAAUAUUUUUCA